GCCUGGUCUCGUCUCACUCGUUCUUCACGCGCCGCGAGCGGGCGCUUCCGUUGCUCUUCUUCGCGAUCACUGUCGAGCACAGGCGGCGCAACUCCUGUAGUUCCGCGUGCUAUCGCAGGUAUUCGUCGUGCUCGGUGGUGGCGGUACGAGGCGCAUAGAUUAACUAACUUGUCUGGAAAGGAACCCGUGACUUUGAAGCUUGCUUUGGCGGCUACUCUCCGAAAUUUGGCGGCCUCUGAAAGCCCUCGAAUCUGGUCUCCCUGUCUCCUUUAUUUACUGGUUUAUCGCCGGGCGAUGGAGAAAAUUCCAGCGGCCUGCGCUAUGACGUGGAGCAUCGAGCUCGAGAAGGGCCUUCGCUCCAAGUGCCCAGAUAAACGCAUUCUAGCAAUUGAGAAGAUGGGACCAAUACUCCAAACAUGGAGUGAGGAGCUAAACAUUACAAGGGAAAUUGCGGAUAUGUACAAUUUGGUUGUAGGUGAGGACAGAACAUUUGCAAACACCAUUCUUCUUCGGCUUGCCAAUGCAUUUAAGUGUGGAGAUAACCAUACAAGGCAAUGUGUCUUGAAAGUAUUCCUCUUAGAAAUGCCACAUAUUAGGAAGGAAAGAAAACGGUAUAAUGGAAUUUUAGCAAAGAGAAGAGUACCUAAUUAUAUAGAGAUGCUUAAAAGAGUGAAAGUAGUUUAUGACACAGGUGAUGCUGAAGCUAAAACUUUGUCGUUGCGGCUUUUUGGUUGUUGGGCUGAUCUUGCCAAGGAUAGUACUCACAUAAGACACAUUGUACUUCAGAGCCUGCAAUCUUCCAAUAUCUCUGAGGUAAAAGCAUCUUUAUUUGCUGCAGGAUGCUUUGCUUUGUUAUCUGAGGAUUUUGCGCUCAUCACUUUGGAAAUACUGCUGAAUAUUGUUGGCUCAUCAAUGUCGCCCUUUGUUGUGUCCAUUGCUGCAAUUCAUGCCAUUCCUAGAAUGCAAUGCUCAUCUAUGGUUGCAUCCAAAGCAUACAAGGCAGGUAAGAAACUAUUAUUGGGUGCUUUAAAUGUUGAGUUUAAAGCUGAGAUGCUGUCUUCACUUUCAAAGCUAGCCUUCAAAUCAACCACCUUGUACUUUGAACAGGUUGACUUACUCCUAUCAUUUCUAAGCAACGAUACUACUUAUCCUUUGAAAGUUAGAGCUUUAAAAUGUCUAUAUUUCUCUUUUGGUAGACCUACUUGCUGCUUUAAUGCCAAUGAGAGUGUAAUUUUGAAAUUACUGCAUGUUGUUGAUAACAAUGAUCAUCAAGUGCAUGUUCAAUGCAAAGCUUUAAAGAUUCUAUGCAAGUUGUUCAGCAGUGUGCUACCAGAUGUAACAUAUGUGGACCUGCACGCUUUUCUUAAGAGGCUUCUGUUGAUAUCAGAACAAAAGUCCAGUAGGACAAAAAUAAGUCUUGUUCAUCAGCUUCUUGUGCAUAUCUUGUGCAGCCUUAAGAUGGCAGAGAGAGGGCAUUGUUGUACAGUACCUACUAAGUGGUGUAGGAGGUGCUUUGAGCUGCAAAGAAAUCCAAAUGUUUUGACCUCUGAAAUAGAUGCUUCAGCAAUUGAAUGCCAAGUUAUAUCAAUGAUUGUAGAUUAUUUAACACAUAUGAUUAACCAAACUAUAACUAAUCCCAGCGAGAGAGGUAUAAACAUGGAGACUGAUAUGUCCUGUACUGAUUUAAUACAGGAAUGCAGGAGAAAAUUUAGACUUAUUCUACUUCUGGCCACAGAAUAUCCUCUAGCACCUUUGACAGGUCUAGAUAGGAUAAUAUGUAUGUUACAGACCCUCAAGGGUAUACAUGAUAAAUCUUCGUUGGAAGGCAUUCGUGAAUUAGUUUCUCAGGAAGAAUUUCAUAUGAAAAGUUGGGGGCUUCAAGUGUGUCAUAAGCAAGAUCUCUUUUAUUCAGAAAUAGCAAUUUGCAUAAUCAGAUUCAUGAAUGCUUAUAUGAAAAAACUAAAUGGUAUUGCUUCUCUUAGUAGUGAAGUUCGUCAGAAGGUGAAGCUUUUAGUGGAGUGUAUACAGCAUAGCUGGUAUGCCAGUAGUGCUGCUUAUGAAAUUUUCUGCCUCUGCCAGGAUCCUUUUGUUGUAUGCUCCUUAGGUAGAGAAGCUGAUAAUCAAGCACAAAAUUCAGAUGAAUCAGGGUCUGGUAGCAUUGAUAGGAUAUAUGAUAACAUUUGCUGGGUCAAUCAGGAGUGGAAGUCAAUGGAAUUCAUUCAGAGGAUGCUGCAAAAGAGAAAUUACUGGGCAGCAUAUAGAGCUGGAAAAUAUUCUUGUCUUGAAGGUCUGUGGUUUUCAGCAACUUUUGCCUUCAGGAAAUUGAUGGAUCAUAUAGAUUCAGCAAACCUUUUUUGCUGGUUGAAGUGUUUGAUGCUGUUGGCUGGUAGUGAGAGUGAAAUUAAACUGCUACUUUUUCCCAAAGCAGGCAGAGAAUUGGUCAAUGGGUUGCAGACAGUUAAGAACUAUAGCAAAAUCUUGACCUCUGUUAUGGGAGGAGAUAAUGAUACAAUUGCAAAUUUGAGUGGAUGGGAUGGGAAAUUCACAAAAGUUUGUGGUAGAAUAUGCUCUGCAGAAGAAACAUUAGCAUCAGCUGGUGUUUCAGAUGGCAUCUACUAUUUCCAGAGGUGGUUCCUCCAUCUUAGAGCUAAGUUGUUUAAUAUCCUGGCUGAUACACUUGUAUUGCUCAAUUCUAGUGUACCAUCUUUUAUAAACCUUUGUAAUGAGGAAGAAAACAAAAUGCUGCACGGUACAAAAUUUACACAAAAUUUGAAUGUUUUAAUGUCUGGCUUGGCCUACGAGUCAUUCAGGUUGAACAAUUUAGCCAAAUGCUAUGAUCUUCUUGCUUCAUCUUUCUUAGAUAUUGACAGCCAAAGUUUUAAGGCAAUCUCAUCAAUGGCACUUCACUGCUCUUUGUUGUCCUUUUGUAUUGCAUUUACCAUGCACUUCCCAUGUUCACCUGCUUACAGAAAUGUCCCGAAGUUUUCAUCCACUUUGAUCUUGCGAGACCUUAUUGAGCGUUUUUGGACCACAGAUGACAAAAUUUCUAGGCAACUCAUGUCCAUGGCUGCCUUAUGCAAUGAAAAUGGGCAGUCAUGUUCAGGAAUAUGUACUGCUACUCCUGAUUAUGUAGAGAGAGAUAAUUUGCAGGUAUUUAACUUCUGUAUAUCAAGUACUCUUAGCAUCCAAGAAGAAGUGAAGGGAGCGAAAAGUGAGGAGAUACCUUUAUUGUCAUUGCGUGGGCUGCGGCUUCUUUGUGAUAUUUUCAGAAGAUGGAUGGAAAUACCUUUCCAUAUUCCCAAAUAUUUUUUCACUCUCAGGUCUUGUAUUGGUGCUGAGCUCUUCAUCCUAAAUGCUGACCCUGGGAACAGAAGUGAACUAUCUGUCCUACACGGUGAUUGUAUGUCCCUAAGUCUGUGCAUCCAACUGAAGAAUGCAUCAACAGCCCUAUGCCCAAAAGUUAUGGAAAUUUACUCCAUUCUUGCUGCAAAACCAUCAAAGCAAUCAUCCCCUGAAAAAGGGAAAGAAGAUUGUUUCAAUGCUUUCAAGAUUGAUGAAAUGCUCGAGUUGAAUAGUCUUCUAAUGAUGCAUGUAAAGGAUACCACUCGGAAGGACAAUAAAAUUAACUUUAUGGAUAGUCCUGGAUAUGAAUGGGUGAUUGCAUUUUCAUCUUUUCGACCAAAUAAAAGAGGCCAGGGAUUUUCAUCUUGUUUGCUGGAUGUUUCUGCAUUCCCUGAGGGCAUUUAUCAAAUCCAGUGGCAUAGUUGUUGCAUUGAUGAAAGUGGAACCUAUUGGACUUUAUUGCCUCUGACUCCAGGUGCAUUCUUUACAGUAAAAAUGUCGUGACUAUCAGAAUAUGUUUUUUAAAGUGAUGCUAUACAGAAAGAAAUUAUAUUUAUGAUACGAACUUAUACACAAGUUAGUUGAUCUCAAAUAUUGACCCACCACCAUGAAUUGUGCGUCAGGUGUUUCAAUUUAUUACUUGAUGCCGCCAGUUGGCUGAUUUUCUGGAACUGAAGCUGAAUAGCUUGGUGACCGUAUAUGGUUUACUAUGACAUCAAUACACUGCACUAAACUGCAGGAUUAUUAAGGAGUACUUUUUUCUCAAGAAGGCAUCAAUUUUCAUCAACCAAUUGAGAUUGGAGAAAUUAGGAGGCGUGUGGACCAGUAAAACUUCAGACUAGUUGGAUGAUGACUACUCACAAUCAAUGGCACACCUAAACCGGCUCCCCCCCUCCUCAAUCAACCUCACAUUGAUAACUUUGCACGAGGUUGGAAAUUGCAGCAGCUCGUGAAAGGACGACAGUCAUCCUCCACUCCAAUCUGAAAUCCUCUUUCUAUGACAAACAACAUGCAUGAUCAAGCACUGCAAUAAUCUCUUUAGUUUGUUCAGAUUUGUGAGUCAGUCAAAAGGCUCAUCCAUCUCCCCCACACACUGCUCCAUGGUGCUCAUCAUCAAUGCAGAGGGGGACCUCCCUAGUGUGUGCAUAGUGUUUGAAUAAUCAAUCUCUCUUUCUUUCACCACACCGACUAUGUAUGCAAUGUGUCUUGUCUUUUGCAGUGUUGCAUGGCUGUGCGUCCAAAUCAGCCAGAUGAGAUGACCACACCU